UUAAUCAAAAAAUUAUUUAUGCACUUAUCAUAAAAAUAAUCGUAAUUAUUUAAAAAUACUACUACUAGUCGUUUUUCAUAAUAAAAAUUUGCUGGGAAGUUUUUGAAAAAAAUACAAUAUCAUAAAAAUGGCUGACAGGAGGGAAAGAGCGGAAAAUGUAUUACAAGAAACACAGGAAGAAAAAGCUGACAAUGUAAUGAAACUCAUACAGACAGAAGAAACUAAGAAGGAUGAUGCACUAUCAAACGAAAAUAGGGGUUUGUUAUCCCGUAUUCUGUUAUGUAUGGAGAAAGCACUUGGUGCAACUGGUUAUUGCUUAAUUGGAUUCAUAAUUGUGAUUUUAUUAUCUGGCUUACCUAUUGCGAUGAUCGUCAUAGGAGAAUUAAAAAGAGAGCAAUGUUCUGUUGAACCAAUGAUACCAAUAUUUUUAUGA